GCACACAGACUCAUUUAAACAAACACAAGUCCUGCUAACACCAUAAGGGCAGCAAAGGAUUUUAUACAAAAUAGAUAUUAACGGACAUGGGCAAGAGCACAAAGACUGGCCUUCAUCCACACUGUGAAAAAUGUCAUAACCAACACUGUAAGCUUCCUGUAGACAUCUCCACUUCCUGUCUCUUUAUUUCCUGCCGUCUACAAUGCGGCGCCGCCUUCCAUCUCUGCAAAGAGGAUGAGCAUCGUCUCCUCUGCCCUAAGGAAAUCGUACCCUGCCUCAAUUCUGGCUACGGCUGUCCAAUAACCAUGACCCGCCAAAGGCUAGCCAAGCACCUGGAAGUGUGUCCUGCGAGCGUGGUCACUUGUACUCUAGAAUGGAACCGAUGGCCUGUAAAUGAGACAGAUACAACCUUUUACAGGAACGUCCUGCAGGAUCCAGACUACUUGAAUGAGCUGGACAUCGCCACGGCCCUUCGAGAUCAGAAGCUGCUGUUUAGCUCCAUUAAGAUGAAAACCCUCUUCCCCGAGUUGAUUGAGAAGGUAGAGGAACCAGACGUACCGCUGGAUGGUGCUGUAGGAGGUUUUGACCCAGAAAACUGGGAUCUUAACUUGGGAGAGAUGUUGGAGAAUGGGGAUGAGGAACAGGAACUAACGGAAGAAGAACGACUGGCCCUUGCCAAAAGCAAAGAUGUGGCCUGCUUGGAGAACUACAGCAUGUGGGAGAAAAUGUUUUCAAAAGAGAAGGAAGGAUGUAAACAAACGGCAAGGAAUUUGGAGGAAAAUGGUACUUCUAAAAGAGAAAAAAAUCCAUCUGUUGACAAUUCCCAUGAGUCCCAUGAAGCAGAUUUUACCAGAACAGGGUUAGCCCCUUGGCAGGACGGAGUUCUCGAGAGACUUGGUAAAGAGGUCAACGUGUCCGAAUAUAACAUGUACCUAGUGCACAAUGGUUGCAUGCUUAUCAACUUCGGCCAGCUGGCUGCUUGCACACCCAAAGAGAAAGAUUUUGUUUAUGGUAAUUUAGAGCCUAUCGAAGUGAAAACCGUACGCUCUUUUAAUGUGCCAACCAGCUACACAGCCAAGCGUAGCCACCUCAAGGAUCCGUCAAAAACGAUUAAAAAGACAAACCAGAGUGUGGACACGUCCGAUUUGGGGAUUUCCAUUGAGCAGCUCCCGAAAGCAAAUGAAAUAGAGGCCACGCUGCAGUGCUGUCUAGAAAGAGAGUUUAAAGGUCACCAGAUAAGUGAAGCAGUUGGCACCGAUGGGCUAUAUGUUGACUUGGCCACCCAGACCUACGAUUUUCACGGCGCUCCAUUCAAAAGCAAUGCUUCUUUGGCUGAUGUGGUCGAGGGCGGGCAUCAAAGCCUACAUGUGCAGAUUCAGACCGAAUGCGUGACAAGGAGACAUAACAAAUCUUGCUCGGCCUUCACCUACGUGUGCUGCCACGCUUUCAGACGUGACGAAUACCCCUGGCACUUCAGGAACGUACAUGGAGAUAUCGAGUCCCAUCUUAAUGGCUGGUUUACGCAGCGAUGCCCGUUGGCUUACCUGGGCUGCACCUUUAGCCAGAGGUAUUUUCGCCCAUCGAAAUACAGGGCAACCGUGAGCUACGAUCCGGACCUUAAUGCUUUUACAUUGCAACCUGAAGUAGCAGAAUCGCUUUAUAAAGGAGUAAAAAGUGCUAGCAGCGAACGGAAGCGAGCGAAGAAUUUAGACUCACUGAGCAGACUUCCCUUUGAGAUCUUACAAAACAUUGUGGGUUUUCUUGACAGUGUGUCAUUGGGCUACCUAGCUCAAGUGUCCCACCUCAUGAGAGAAGUCUGUAGCACUGUUGUACAGCAGAAGGGCAUGGUGUCCCUCAAAUGGAAGAAAAAGACAUAUUCACAUGGUGGAUUCACAUGGAGGGCUAGAAAAAAGACAUGGGAGUUCAGCAGUCUCUUCUCACCAGUAGAUGAAUGGGUGUUUGAAGAUGUGCCACCCAUGUCCGAGCACCUGAAGGUCUGUCCAUUCUACCAGAAGGAGAUCAGGAGUGAACCUGUGGCUUUACCCCGCAUAACAGCCCUUCAGAAGGAAAGAUGAACCUUUCAAUGCUCAAGAGUUUCUUUCCCAAUGACAAGUGACAAUUACAUUAUGGGGCCGUUUCCUGGACACCGUUUAGAUCAGUCUUUAGUUAAAUUAGGACAUUUUAAGUAAUUUUUAGCAGUGGCGGCCAGUGACUUCUUUUUUCGAGGGCGCACGAUGCGAACAUGUAUGUAGCCCAUCAUGUGUGUGGUUCAUCAUUUCGAAAUAUGUGUUUGGCGUUUCGAGUGAACCUAUGUGCAUCACGUGUCUUGUCAAAAUAAGUGCCUGCUGCAGAUGCAUUUAAAGGGUUUAUGAUAAAAUCGUUUGCCAGAUACUCGCAUAAUUUCAUACGUAAUCAGAGUUUACUGUCUUGCGUGUAUUUUGUAAAUGUGAGCGUCUCUUUAUCAUAAACGGUUUUGAUGCGUGUGCAGCAGGCACUUAUUUUGACAAAACACGUGAUGCACAUGGUUUACAUGACGCAACAAACACAAAUUUUCAAAACACGAGCAACACACAUGACACUCCGGACACAUAUUUUGAAUUUGCACCCCUCGGAAGAGCAGUAGCCGCCACUGGUUUUUACAAACAUAACUUACAAAAAAAAAAAAAAAUACUGGUGUGCAUCUUGACAUAAAACAAUGGCACUUACGGUAUGCCAGUGUAACAUGUUUUAAAUUAACCCUAUAACUGUCACCGCCCCUUUUGAGUGUGGGGGGGGGGGGGUGAAAAGGUGAUCUGCACGUUAAAAUUACUAUUACUCUGGCAUUUUUUGGUUUAGAAGCAAAAUCUUGGUCUCUUUUUAAAGAAGACAAUUUAUAGUUUUACACUGAGGUGUUUGAAGUUGUAAAUAUUAAAUGGCAAAAAGUUAUACCCGUUUAAAUUUAUUUUAAAUAAUAAAAAUAAUGCAAUAAAGUAUAUACGCUCUAAUCAAAUGUAUAUAAAAAUUUAAAUGUUUUACUCUCAAAACACCACACAAAUAAAGACACAAGUCUCAACUAGUUCUGAACCAAAUUUUCGGUGAAAAUAACAAAAAAUGAAGUUUCUGUCACACUUUUAGUGGUUUUACCAACCAAGGCCACUAGGUGUCAACGGUUAGUUGCAAUAUCUUGUCACAAGUUAAUAAAUUACUGUCUCUGCAUUGUGUUUAAUGCAAAAAGGUUUUGAAAUAUGAAAACUACAUUCUUAGAGCUUUCCAACGAUAUAUAGUUUGUCAAGAUUUUUGAAGAUUCAUAUAUUCAUUUUGAAGAAUAUUAGAAUUAUGAAUAUAUACGAAUUCAUAUGGACUCCUACAGGGUCAGUGACAAAUAACAAAAUGACUGUCCCUACUAAAUUUCCAUCAUCAAAUGGCCUUGAGCUUUCCAACAAUAUAUAGUUUGUCAAGAUUAUUUCAAGUUUAUAGGGUAUUAGUGUUAUAAAUAUAUAAUCAUUUAUAUGUAUUCCUAUGGGGUGAGUGACAUUUAACAAAAUAACUGUCCCUAUACAAAUUCUAUCAUCAAAUGGCCUUGAAAUAUGAAAACUACAUUCCCUGAGCUUUCCAACAAUAUAUAGUUUGUCGAG